UGUAAAACAAAAGGGCGUGAUAAUUGGGCAACAAACAAAAGGUCGCCAAGAGCAAACACGGACAAAAGUUCGCCAAAACCAAACACAGGCAAAAGGUCGCCCCAAGAUCAAGCACGGACAAAAGGUCGCCAAGACCAAGUACGGACAAAAGGAAGCCAAGAGCAAGCACGGACAAAAGGUCGCCAACACCAAGCAAAGGACAAAACGUCGACAAGACUAAUCAACGGGCAAAAGGUCGUCAACGCAAAGUGUGGACAAAAGGUCACCACUUGAAUAAAGAGUAAUGUAAUUUAGCAGUAAAACGGGAAAUGAUAAAAAUCAAACAAUUUUUAAAUUCUCAAAACGGCAAACUCAAAACCAUUACUGUUAAAAAUUCCAAAUCUAAAACACAUAUUUUUAAAAUAUAAAGCAUGAGAAAAUCCCCUCACACCAACAUAGUAUAUAUCGACCUCAACUAUAGAUGUAUGUAUGAGACAUGUACGGCCGGCACAUGCAUGCAUUGGCAAUUAAAGCCUCUUUUUUAUCCGUCCCUUUUCGUGCUUUCUAUCUUUUGUAUUCAUUCAGCUUCUUUCCAUUUGUCAUUUUCUCGUCGAAAUGCCAUUCUCCUGCUCACAGCUGCCUGCUUUUUUUGGCCACUUUAUUCCAGUUGUCAUUCUCUCUUGCUUUUUUUCACAACAAAAUAUAUCACUCAUUCACUACCCCUUGGCACAUUAAUAUCUUUUUUGAUUUCCAGAGUAUGUAACUCGAAGAUAUUAGGUUUUUACACCCGACUAGAUAUGAAAACGAUAGGCACAGAUACGUAAAAUUGUCUUAAUCCAGAAGCUAUGAUAGCACGUCCCGAAAAUGGAAGUAUUGAUGUAGUUGAUAGUUUUGGGAGCAAUGUAAAAAGGUGUGCAUCAACUGACAGCAACGGAUUUCCAGUAAAGGAUGUUGAUGCAAUAAAAUUAUUUGUUGGACAGAUCCCUCGCAAUUUGGAGGAAAAGGAUUUGAGACACAUUUUUGAGUCGUUUGGCAAAAUAUUUGAAUUUACUAUUCUUAAAGACAAAUAUACUGGAAUGCAUAAGGGUUGCGCUUUCCUAACGUUUUGCCACCGUGAAAGUGCUCUAAAAUGUCAAGCAGCACUUCAUGACCAGAAGGCAUUACCAGGAAUGAAUCGACCUAUGCAGAUUAAACCUGCAGAUACUGAAAGUCGUAGUGGUUCGCCUAAACAGAGCACUGAAGACAGGAAGUUGUUUGUGGGGAUGCUUUCUAAGCAGUACAAUGAGGAUCAAGUACGGGCUAUGUUUGCUCCAUAUGGACGUAUCGAAGAAGUAACGGUAUUACGAGGGGCCGACAAUGUCUCAAAGGGAUGCGCCUUUGUGAAGUUUUCACAAGCUGCUGAAGCCGAGCGUGCUAUUUUUGCUCUUCAUGGGUGCCAAACAAUGGGCGCGUCUAACAGCCUGGUUGUUAAAUUGGCAGAUACGGAACGAGAACGACAAGUCCGUCGAAUGCAGCAAAUGUACGUAUAUUUUAGCAAAUGUAUGUUUAAUUUAGCAAAUGUAUGUUUAAUUACCCAAGUUUAA